AAGAAAGUGUAUCUAAAUCAUUGUUUAAACAUUUUUGGUUAUGAGAUGAUGUAGUUGAAUAUAGAACAAUGUAGGUAAGGGUUUUACACAUGGGCUUUGCUAAAAAGGAAGAAGAGAAUAUAUUCUUCAACGCGGCUUUAUAAAGCCCUCUUCAUCAAGUUGAGAAUCACCGUUCUUUAUCACAAAGAGCACAAGCAGCAUAAAAGAACAUAAAGCUCCAAACUUUUUUUCUAUAUAUUCAAUAGCUUCUGUUUAUUUGCAAAUCUUUGAGCUUCUUUCAUUGCUGUUUCUUCCUCUCAUUGUUACUCUGUUUCGUGAGGUUUAUCAAUGGAUGCUUCUGCUUUAAACUCGGUGAUCAAUAGGUUGCUUGAAGCUAGAGAGAAACCAGGAAAGAUUGUACAGUUGUCUGAAACUGAGAUCAAACAGCUUUGUUUCGUCUCUAGAGAUAUCUUCUUGAGACAACCAAAUCUUUUAGACCUUGAAGCUCCUGUCAAAAUAUGUGGGGACAUUCAUGGACAAUACUCAGAUCUCUUAAGACUAUUCGAAUACGGAGGAUACCCUCCUCGUUCAAACUACUUGUUUCUUGGAGAUUACGUCGAUCGUGGCAAACAAAGCAUCGAAACGAUUUGUCUCUUACUCGCUUACAAGAUCAAAUUUCCUGAGAACUUCUUCCUUCUUAGAGGAAACCAUGAAAGUGCUUCUAUUAACCGCAUUUACGGCUUCUACGAUGAGUGUAAACGCCGUUUCAGUGUCAAAAUUUGGAGAAUCUUCACCGAUUGCUUCAAUUGUCUCCCCGUGGCUGCACUCAUCGAUGACCGGAUUCUCUGUAUGCAUGGUGGGCUCUCCCCGGAUCUGCUUAGCUUGAGACAGAUCAGGGAUAUUCGUCGUCCAACAGAUAUUCCUGAUCGCGGUUUACUCUGUGAUCUCUUGUGGUCUGAUCCUGAUAAAGAUGUUAGAGGUUGGGGACCUAACGAUCGUGGAGUUUCUUACACUUUUGGAUCGGAUACAGUUUCUGAGUUUCUCAAAAGACUCGAUCUUGACCUUAUUUGUAGGGCUCAUCAGGUUGUUGAAGAUGGGUUUGAGUUCUUUGCGAAUAAGCAGCUCGUGACGAUAUUCUCUGCACCCAAUUACUGUGGAGAAUUCGACAAUGCAGGUGCGAUGAUGAGCGUGGACGAUGAUUUGACUUGUUCUUUUCAGAUCUUGAAACCUAAUGACAAGAAAUCAAAAUUCAGUUUCGGAAGCAGAGGUGGUGCUAAAACUAGCUUCCCCUAUCCUAAAGUCAAGUCGAUUCUGAGUUCGAGACAGUACAACCGAUGAAGAUUUGACGACUCACGCUGACUUUUGAGGACAUAAACCUGUUAGUAUAUUCGGAACAUAAAAUCGAGUAUAAUAACUGUUUUGAAUUUCGGGGUUUUUGUAAUCACUUUGUGCGUGUGUGUGUUUGUGUUUUUUUUUUUUUUUUUUUCUGUAGAUUUGGUUUGUAAUUGUUGCUGGUUAAGUUUAUAAUAAACAUGUUUUUCUUUGGACCAAAUGUAUGCCUUAAAUAACUAGGUAUAUAACUCGCGCUACGCGCGAAUCUCU